AUGAGCGCUCACGUAAAAGCAUUUCUCGCCGACCUAGCCAAUGCCAAACAGUCUCAGUUCGACAAUGUCCAUCGAGUUGAGCGUGGCGAUUCGGACGGCGAAGUUUCUUUCAAGUACACCAACGACUUGUUACAACAUCCACUGGAGAUCCAGAUCUUGGCCACAGAUGUAACUUCGUACCCCAACGGGUCGUCUUUCCUGAUAUUCACCUCGUCAGAAACAUGCGAUGCAGAAAUCCUGCAUCAUCUUGAACGCAUAUCAAAGUCUACUGCCGGCCAUCGGCUGCAGCAUGUCAUCCAAGCCGUGUCGAGCAAACUCAACGCGAGCUUCCAGUCUGGCGAGCGCGAGGGGUCGACAAAUGAAGACUUGACUGACGACGACUACGAACCCAUUGAUGUCGACGACGACUAUUUUGGGUUUGCCGAGGUCAAGUCGUCUCCUCGUGGCUCGGCAGCAGGUUGUCGCUCCGACUUUGAUGGCUUGACGAGGCUUCAAGAGGAUCUAGAAGCAGCCCGGCUCGCCGGGUUCAGCGUCGGAAUUUUUGACAGUGGAAAUGAUGCACCCGUGGAUCUGGUAUCCCUGUCGAUGCGCAUCUCCAAGUUGGCUAUUUCAUCAACAACUCUCCAUGCGUGGGAUCUUGGCACGGCAGAUUACCUGGUUCUGUUGAUCAGGUUUACGAAAAGAUACCCUAGCUCCACGCCAUUUACCGCCUUGCUAGAGGCAAAAGAUUCGGUGCAGUUUCGCUUUGGAAAGUGCCAGUCGCCAAAGCCGUCAGGGGAGUGCGCCAGAUUGGCUUUCAGCUCGGAAAAGCCAUGGUUCUAUUCAGCCGAACUUGGCCGAUCACGCGGAGAGAGCCGGCUUGAAACCGCCUUCUUCCCCAUUUACAUGUCAAACUCGAUCAAUUCAUUGCUGAACCAGCAUUUUUUCGCAAUGCUGACCCUGCGAAGAGAACAGAAUUGCACAUGGGAUGAUGCGCAAGCUCGGCUGAUCCAAGAGAAGAGGCAAAGUCACGAGGCUAUGAUGGAGAUAUCAUAUUCUUCUCCCGUUGGAGUGGAUUCGGGACCCAAAGACGACAACAAAGCCUCGGCCGAUGCACCGAAAUUCUUGACAGCUGAUUGCGUCACGGGAGACCAAGGCAGCCUACUAAGCUUUCCUCUUGCGGCCGCCCAGUUUGCUCUCCUUCGCCUCUGCAAGUGUACCGAGUAUUGUAUGGUGUGUCACCAACGGCUUCAGAGUGGAUUCGAAACUCUCAAGCCCUAUGUCUGCUCCCAGGAGCUCUGUCUCUACCAGUAUUUGUCGCUGGGUCUGGGCCCAAACAUCGAGCACGAGGUUGUAAACAGUCCAUAUGUUGUUGAUUUGCUAGUGAGCUUCUUCCACGCAGCAUUGACGCUGGAUGGGCUGCGUGAAUUCCCCCGCGGGCUGUCUCUCAAGGUACCUGUCAAAGGAGACCAUGGCUCGCAGAUUCAGGCUGAGAUAUGCUUUGAAGCCGGAAAGAUUCGGGUCCCUCGGGAUGCGCACUCCCGAAGCAAGGACGUCAAGUCUCCCUCUGUUCAUGAGGGAGAUUGGUUCCUCUUGGUGGUAAGGACCUCGAAAGGGUCCGCAAACCAUUCAUGCAUGGUCACAAAAAGAAUCCAAGACGGCUUAUAUUGCUUCGAAAGCAUGCAUGUCGCGGUCCAGGCAGACGGCGCGCCCGCAGGGGGCGGAGAGUUGGCGGUCGUAGAAGAUUGUGGUUUGAAGGAGGUCUGGAAGCCGGCAAACAUAUUCCCGUACGCGGUCGAUCCUGACGACUUGGACCUGGAGAAUCGGAAAUCCACAAUAAGAGAUCUGGUAUCCGUCAUUCCCUCGGUAUUGGAGCUGAGGGCUUACUUGCUGGAAGCACCGGGCCGAAAACUGUGCCAUUGCAAAAGAAUGAAUCGGUCUGCGCUUUCGCUGUUGCGCUGGAUUGUGGCUUCAAAUACCUCCUACAUCGUCCAAGACGGUGCCGUACCUGCGGCGGCGGCGGCGGCGGCGGCGGCGGCUGCUGCUGAGGGGAGUCCAGGCACCACGACCUCGCCUGCAAAGCAGACCGAUAUGGCGGCCCCCCCCAACCCCAUCAUCGGUUUAGACAAAGAUUGGAUGCAGUUUCGGUUCGCGCAGGGUUCUCCCGAGAGAGAACACAGAUUCCUCGCAGCACUCGAGGGGAUGCGGAACAGCAAGGGGUUUGACCAGAAAUACCCAACCCUUUUUGCUUGGCAUGGCAGCCCGAUGCGCAACUGGCACAGCAUCAUUCGCACAGGUCUCGACUUCCAGUCCAAGCUGCACGGUAGAUCCUUCGGGAAUGGCGUUUAUCUGAGCAAGAACAUGCUUGUCAGCCAGGAAUACUGCGGCGCAGAGCGUGGGCGGAGCAAUCCUCUGGUCAAGCCGGUCAGCGGGCUGGAAGGCGUGCCUCCGCAACGGCAACAGCGGGGUGGGGAUAAUCACUGGCCGGGGUCAGAACUCCGGAUCGCGUCAGCAAUCAGCAUAUGCGAGAUUGUCAACAGUCCGAAGCAAUUUGUGUCUGCCUCGCCCCAUUACGUCGUUGACAAGACUGAAUGGAUCCAAUGCCGGUAUCUUUUGGUAAAGGUCAACCCAACCUCGAACGCUGCGCAGAGCCCACUUUUCUCAUCGACUGGCCGGCCGAGUGCAGACUACAUGGAUCAGGACCCGAAGAACCCGAUACUGGGACCGGAUGGGGAACCCUUGGGCAUCCCAUUACCCGCAGGGUCGGCGACCCGAUGGCGGGAGACUGAUGCAAACGAAGGUGCGGGUGCACCAGCCUCUGAAGCCGCCAUCGACUAUGAUUCGGAUGGCUCUCAUGUUGGUGGAGACGACCCAAGUAUCCUGACGGACAGGUUCCGGGAAACCGAGAUGGAGGGCAGAGGUCAGAAGCGUCAGCAGGACUGCGCAUCACCGUCGUCGCCUGCAGCCAAGACACCCGCAAAUCCGCCCCAGACGAAGACCAGCCGGAGGGUGAAAGAGGUCAAGCCCGAAAGCCAACCGAAGGGACAAGAGGGCGUGGGCAAGCUCCAGGCUCGAAGCACCUUUCAGCCCGGAGCGCUAGAUCACGGUUCCUUGCCCCAGCUCCCUCCCCCCAGCUGGGCCGACUCGUCAGGUGCGGCUCUACAGACUCUCAGCAGGGAAGUCAAGGAGCUGUUCAGGGCGCAGGAGAAGGAGGACAUUACGCUGCUGGGGUGGUACGUAGACACGGGCAAGAUUACCAACCUCUUCCAAUGGAUUCUGGAGCUGCACUCAUUCGACCCAGAGCUACCUCUUGCCAAGGACAUGGAGGCAAAGAAUUGCGCAAGCAUCGUGUUGGAGGUUCGUUUUGGGCGCGACUUUCCGAUAUCGCCCCCGUUUGUCAGGGUGAUACGACCUCGGUUCCUGCCAUUCCAUCAGGGAGGCGGGGGACACGUGACGGCGGGCGGCGCCAUCUGCUCAGAGAUGCUGACCAGCUCGGGCUGGUCUCCCGUCAUGAGCAUGGAAAAGGUGUUUCUCCAGGUUCGUCUGGGCCUGAGCGACGGAGAACGACCUGCGCGCCUGGACAGGGGGCCAUUGGAGAACCGCGACUACGGCAUCGGGGAAGCUGUGGCGGCGUACCGGCGAGCGGCGCAAGCACAUGGCUGGGGUGUGCCCGAGGACUUGAGUCGCAUGCACAGCAGCUGGUCCGACAUGUGA